AUGACGUCACUAGCUCAAGCAGCCUCACAGCUUUUACAGCACCUUCUAACAGAGCACCAGUUAGUUAUCCAGAAGAGAAGUCAAAUACUCUGUGACCUUUUGAAACUCUUAGGCAAUAGUCUUGUGUUGGCAAAACAAGACUCUUCUGCUGCACAGAUUGACGGAAAGGAAGGCAAUACGCAUGAACAUAUUUUCAAACAAUCGUUUGAAAGUUUACGCGAAUCUUUGGAAACGCUACAUCGGGCUUCGGGAAGAUUGCACCACGCAUCGAAAAAGUACUGCCAAGAAGAAUUCCAGUUUUGGUCGAACCUUCUUUCGGUAAAGCUGGAUGAUGACGAAAUGCAACAAAGCCUGGAAAGCUGUGUGAAAGGAGUAUUUGAAAGUCGAAUUUGCGAGAUCGACUAUCAGCGUGUUAUGGAAUUAUAUUGCACCCUUGAUCUCGGCAUUUAUCAUCAAGAUGUUGGCGACUGCCUCAUGUCCACUGCAUUCAAGGCUAUAGACCGUUCUCGACAGGGCGACGUCAGGGAAGACCAAAUGGAAAAGUUGAGGUCCAGUCUGGAAUCAUCAAAGCUAACUGACCGGCAGGCAUCUGGGGUCGGCAAACUGUUUGGUCGUUUUCUUAUGAAGCAAUGGCCAAAGGGAAGCGACGGGGGAGAUCCUUCAAGGGAUGAGCUUUUGCGACAUUUGUUUUCUUGGAAACCGAUGGAAGAGUACUUUAAAUACUUUAACGGCCAACGUAAAGAUGGAGCCACUUUAUCUUCUGAAGGCUCAGUGCUUCUUCUGAAGGCGUCUUCACUUUUGGAAAGGGUCAGCAACGGCCUCAGGAAUGCUGAGAUUGAUGUGAAAACACUACGACUUGUUCAGAGAAAUCGACAAAAGUUCUUGAGGUUGAACUAUUUGCGAACCAGUUCCGAGGACAAUCAAUCCAGAACAGAUCCAAUGGAGGUAUUUCUUGAAAUGCGCUGUGAGGAGCUCAAAGCGUUUGAAAGCGAGAGGGAAGCAGUAUCAUCUUUCGUGGAGUUUUGUUCUGCUGUAAAGUCAGUUGAAGUUAACUUGGAUGAAAUCAAAGAAAAACUGAAGAACGACGUAACAUCUUGUCGUGUGCUUGAACUUUGCCACAAACGCGGAAUCAGUGAAGAGCCUCUGGUGAAAUAUUUUGAACUCACGCCAAGGAAUAAGAGAAUGACUCAGUAUCUUCAUCUACUCCGAUCCAGCUUUCUUUUCCGUACCAUUUGGAAUAAGUGCGAGAAAAAUGCGGCUUCCAUUUGUCGAGGUGAUCCUCGAUUAGCUGGAGUAAUGACAUUAGACACAGUGCACGAGCUUUUGUGGACCAAGUCCUUCGAAAGAUGGCAAACUUUGUGGGAUAGAGUAUAUAGCGGACAAAUUAGUCUGAGAGAAGUGGAUGAAAGAUUCGGCAAAUUUCGAAACGAGCCAGAGUAUUUCGAUACUGAAAUUGGAAUAGCACUGAAGCUCCUUCCCGACGAACAAGAUGUUGAAGCCGUCAUCAAUCGACGAGUUGGUCAGAUCAAACAGUACCAGAAGCUGAGAGGGUGCGAGGAAGCCGCCGCAGCUAUCUUGGAGUUUCAAGAAGCCAUGGAACUUGAAGGAGACUUUCAAGUGCUCGAUGACUUUUACGAUCAGAUGAGCGACGAAUUUCGCGGACGCCCUCUCUCAAGUAUUGGUGAUGAUGUUUUAGAAAUGGGAAAAGACCUUGAACAUGUAACGCCUGUAAUGAUCGAUUGCUUGAAAACUGUCGUUGCUUCCAAAGACUACAUCUACUGGCUUCGAAAGGAAGUGCAAGGAAGGGACGAGGUGAAAACUCUGGUGGACUUAGCGAUGAUGUCGGCUGGUGAGACUGACAUUGAGACCGAUCGUGUUUCCUGUGUGCACACCACUGCUCUUGGCUUUGCUCCCUUCAUUUUUGACCUGGACAAAGACACCAGCUUUGGGAAACUUAUCAGUGCAUGUGAAAGCGUGUGGAGGGAGAUCGAAAAAGACAAAUCUUUGCUCGAGAAGCUGAACAGCAUCAGCUGCCAUCUUGAUUGGCUUAAGGGCGUUAAGGAUGAGCAUGCCAUGUCUUCUCUCAAAUUGGCUCAAGCUAUCAACGAAAGAGGAGUAUACUCCAUUGGCCAUUUGCAGGACAGUGUGGAACCAGCUAGGCUCUAUUACAAGAAAAGUGUGGAUUCCGUUAUCAGUUUACUUUUACCUCUAACCGACCUAAGCGGUGAACGAAAGGAAUUCAGUUUAGAGAAACUUCAGGAGCUACAAAGUAAACUUGCUCUCAUUUCGGGAAAGGAAUCACAAGGGGGCCAAGAGGAUAUAAACAAGUUUGGAGAGUUGCUUCAAGGUGCUGUUCAACUUGGCCAGGCUUAUGUAAAUCUCUGUGAAACUGGAGAUGUUUCACACCUCGACUGGAACGAAGAAUACAAGUGUAAGAGCUCUAUGGGAAAAAGAAUCAUUGAUGAAAUCCAGUCAAAGUGCGUGGAAUUUGAACAACUUUGCUACGCGUGCAAAGAACACAUCAACGAGAUGCGGAUGAAAUACCCCGAGUUAAACUUUUUCACCAUACAGCAACUUUUAUUCUUACGCAAGGAACUCGCCAGCUUGAAACAAGGCUCGACAUUGGAAUCUCUUAAUCUCCAAGUUUACAGUCUUCUUGAAAAGGUUCUUCCAAGCCUUCACAGAAAAUUACUGCACGAAGCUCUUAUUGAGGCAGGUAUCUGGUCAACAGAUUUUGAUCUGGAUUUCUACAGCGGUCAAGAUGCUCGUAGCACAACAUCCCCGUCCAGCCAAGAUGACACCUUCAGAGACAACGAAGAGAUAAGUGAAAAGUACGAGAGCCUUUUUGAUAAUGUGGAGAGGCUAAAUCCCUCAGAGCCUGAACGCCUCGCUGUGGCAGCUCUUUACAACGAUAUGAAAGGUAACGUUGCCGAGCUUGUUCUUUGGUGUGUGCAAAACAAGGAUAAAAGCGACCUUAUAGAUGAACUCUACGAGAAAGCUUCAGAAGACCCCAAAUUCCGGGGCAUCAUAGGCGAGACUCCUGAUUCAGACGAAGAGUCAUCGCAAUCUUCUCAACAUUCUGAUGACCAGAUGAGUUUGCAAGAAGGUGAUGAUGAGUUUUCACAUUCGAGUCUACCUGAAGAAGCAAACUUCACGUUGGACGAAACAUUAGGGGGCACCUUUUUGACUUUGGACGAAAUUGGUGUAUUUCUAUCUUGCUUGGUUGCCGGAAAUGAGGACAGAGUUAUGGGGAGAGAAAUCCAAACUUACUUGAAAAGAGGACAGCCGAAUCUCAUGUUAGCAAAAAAAGAGAACAUCUUUUCCGCUGUUCUUGAACUUUAUAAGGAGGAUGGAAUGCAUAGUUUGCCAAAUAGCGACGAAGUCCUCGUUUGCACAUCUGAAACGACAUCUGAGGAGGUGGAGUUGCUAUUUCGUCGAGCCCUGGCAAGCAAUGGAAACAAACUAUACUGUUUAGUCAAUGGUGACCUGUUAGACUAUGACGUCAGUCAGAAGGUGGUAGACUGUUUACACACAUUGCUGCACGAUUAUUCCUACCCGGAAAGCUUGGCCCUUGUUGUUCUAUGCAGUAGCGAAAAUGAAGAACGAGCUCAUAUCAUCACUUGUUUGGAACAGUACAAAGUAUUAAUGCCGAGGUAUCCUCGACCAGACGAGCUGCGGCGAUUCCUCGCAAAGCAGUUUACAGUACCAGGGCAGAGGCCUGGUGUGUAUCGUGAGAAACACGUGAUCUGGAGUCCAGCUGCCGAAGUUAGUCGAGCGGAGAACUUAAAUGUUCUCGUGGUAUCCUCUGAACACCCUGGAGUAGGAAAAAGUUUGGUCGUUCGUAGGUUGGCCGAAGAAUUGGAAAUGCUUCCCAACAAUCAGCUUGUGGUGGAAGUAAUGCUACAGGAGGGUGAAGAAACACCUCGUUUGUGUGUAACAAUUCCUUUCCAUGAUAAACAUGCGCAUGUUGCAGAUGCUGUUGGUUUCUUUCUUCCUCAUGCUCUACAUUCGGAUAUACCUUUGUCAAGGAUUUUUCAUCUUGAUCGUUCCUGUGUGGUUACUCCAGAGUUCGAAACGUUGCUGUUUAAUUUACUGAUCCUGGGUGAACUGACUGAUGAUUGUGGACGCGUUUGGAGAAGGAAUUCACAUGACUUGUAUAUCCUGGAAAUCACCAGCCCUACUUUAAUGGAGUCAUCUGAAGCAUGCAAGUUUGAUCAGCUCCUCCCACAAAUAAGAUGUCGUCUUCCGACAGACACUCUGUUCUCCUUGAGAAGAAAAAGCGCAGCAAAAGAAACUAAUAGCCCAUCGUUUGAUGAGGGAGAAUUAGAGAGCGACGAAGUUCAGCGCGUGUGGCAGUAUCUUCAGCUGAUCAAGGAGAAACCUGAACUCAUCCAGGAGUUCUACUAUGACCGGAACUCUAAACGCACGAGUCCAGCCGAAUGUCUUAAAACAUUAAUCAGGAACUGUGGAGUCACGAACCCGUCAUGGUCUGAACUUCGAUAUUUUGUGAACUUUUUGAACUACCAGCUCAGAGACUGCGAGGAAAGCACGUUCUGUAACACCUCAUUGGUAGAGGAUACCUUGGAAGGAUUCCGGAACUUUGUGGUUAAUUUUAUGAUAAUAAUGUCAAAGGAUUUCUCGAUGCGAUCUUUAACAGACAUAGACACUAGUCAGACUCACGGGACAUCGGCCGGUUCAGAGGAAGAGCACGACAUUGUUCCCUUCCGGCUUCGGAGACGUUGGGAGAAGAGGCCUCAUCCAUAUAUCUUUUUUAACCCGGAUCAUGUUACCAUGACUUUCCUCGGAUUCCGUGUUGAUCAAGAGGGAAAUCUUCUGGAUCCGCAGACUCAACAAAUCAUUCAAGAAGGGAUCAUGACAAGACGUCUUCGCACGGGACUGAGUGUACAGAAAGUGGAUUUGGACAACAGCUUUGAGUCCUAUUCAAAGUUUCAAAAAAUCGAGCUGCUGUGUGCUGUCAUGGGUAUCAACUUUGUACAUGAUCCUGAUGACUCUUAUGAGCUGACGGGGGAUAAUGUUAAGAAAAUUCUUGCCAUCUAUAUGAGGUUCAGAUGUAACAUUCCAGUCAUAAUCAUGGGUGAGACAGGAUGUGGAAAAACGAAACUUAUUCGAUAUUUGUGCGGACUGCAAACAGAGGGAGUAAGACAAAGAAACAUGCUGUUAAUGAAGAUUCAUGGCGGUACCACUUACAAAGACAUAGAAAGAAAUGUCCUUCAAGCCGAGGCAAUGGCUAUUAGUAACAAACAUGAAGGCAAAAAUAUCGACACCGUUUUGUUUUUUGAUGAGGCAAAUACCACCGAAGCUUUGGGGAUGAUUAAAGAGAUUAUGGUGGACCGAAGAUGUAAUGGUCGGCCCCUGAGUGAGAGUCUGAAAUUCAUCGUGGCUUGCAAUCCAUAUCGAAAGCACACGGACGAAAUGAUACAGAAACUAGAAUCUGCAGGAUUGGGCUAUCAUGUAACAGCUGAAGAAACUGCUGAACGCCUCGGUAAAAUCCCAUUGCGUCAUCUUGUUUAUCGUGUCCAUGCAAUACCAGAGAGCAUGCGUAGUCUAGUCUGGGAUUUUGGACAGUUGAAUCCGGAAGUAGAAGAGCUUUACACCCAACAGAUUGUGAGGAGAUAUGUUGAUCAAGGUCGUCUACCAGGCGAUGAAAACUUAGUCAGUGCCAUAGCAAGUGUUUUAGCAGCUUCCCAGAGAUUCAUGAGAGAGAAAAAGGAUGAAUGCAGCUUUGUUAGCUUACGUGAUGUCAAAAGGGCCAUGGAGGUCAUGCUGUGGUUUCACGAACACUUCCAUCACUUUUCUUCUUUGAUGCAAGAGAAGGAAAGUGACAAUGAAGACGAUGGCGAGAAUGAAGGCGAAACCAGCUUUCAUGUGAUGCAACCCAAUCUGAAAGAAGUACCAUUUGCUUCUGUUGACGAGAUAUCCGUACUGAAAGACGAAGAACAUGCAGGUUUCAAAGUGGAAAGGCGAAAGCUUAUCGAUCACUCGGGCAGGUUUAAUCCUCUCAAAGAAGAAGUUAAAGAAACAGACGAGCGACCAAUCUUGCUCGAGUCCGUGUCUAAGCAGAUCCCCUGUGCUGCUCCCAGAAAAACACGGUUUAUUCUUCCAGAAGAAACCAAAGAUUUACCAAAGCCUCCACAUGUGGUUCCUCUAUUCGAUCUUCCAGUUCCGAAGUUCGACUUUGAAGACUCUUAUGAAGGACCGCUCCCAGAAGAAAACGGAGAUGUCAGCGACAGGAUUGACCCAGUAUCCUGGUCUUUAAUCCUUGCUCUUGGCGUUUGUUACCAAGCACGGUUAACAGAUAGGAAGGAAUACCGUGAGGCAGUAGCAAAAUCAUUCAGACCACCGUGCAGGCUUCCUGGUGGAGCCGAAAGAAUUGAAAGAGAAAUUUCUCGAUGUCAAGAAACUCUGAUGGGGGAGUUAGAACUUGGACCCAACAUUGCCCGCAACGAAGCCCUUAGUGAAAAUGUGUUUAUGAUGGUGGUGUGCAUUGAGCUCCGGAUCCCAUUAUUUGUCGUUGGAAAACCGGGAAGCUCAAAAUCCCUGGCUAAGACAGUCGUCGCUGAUAACAUGCAAGGAGCAAGAUCCAGGUCUGACCUUUUCAAAAAGUUUAAGCAGAUUCAGUUGGUUUCGUACCAGUGUAGCCCCCAGUCCACCCCUGAGGGUAUACUCGCAACAUUUAAACAGUGCAGUGAACUUCAGGAAAGUAAGAACGAACAGGUAUCUUCAGACACUUUUGCUUCUGUGGUAGUGCUGGAUGAGAUCGGAUUAGCAGAAGACUCGCCAAAAAUGCCCUUGAAAACUCUACAUCCCCUGCUGGAAGAUGAUGACCAAAACGACGAGUUUGUGAUCCAGUCUGGAAAGAGUUUUACAAGAGUCGCCUUCAUUGGCUUGUCCAACUGGGCGCUGGACCCAGCCAAGAUGAACCGUGGGAUAAUGCUUUGCCGUAAUGAACCUGAUGGUGACGAACUGGAGGCGACCGCCAGGGGUAUUUGUGGAAGUAAUGAGGACAUAUUGAUACAUAUAGAACACCUUAUAUCCCCGUUGGUCCGUGGCUACAAAGACCUUUACACCAAACAAAAAACAUCGAAGAAACUGAUAGAGGGAAAGAAAGAUGAAUUUUUUGGACUGCGAGAUUUCUACAGUCUCAUUAAAAUGAUCGUCUGCAUCGCAAAAGAGCAGCAACGCCGACCAAACUGGGAAGAGCUCGAACAGACUAUUAAGAGAAACUUCAGUGGCCUUCUGGAGGAGGAUUUUAACCCUGUGAGAAUUCUUAUGGAUCAUAUUGGUUUUCCUGAGGAAUAUUUUCAGGAUGAAGAACGUACAGAAGUUGACUCUCUAGAUCUUAUAAGGGCAAGCCUGAAUCGGGAAAGCGUAAUGGGAGAUGGACGGUAUCUGCUCAUCAUGACUGAGAACUUUGCAGCUUUGCCAAGAAUAAAACAGCUUUUGUUGGAACAGUACGAGGAAGAACCAUACGUUAUAUUCGGUAGUGGUUUCCCUAAAGACCAGCUAUUCACACAGGUUUGCCGAAACAUCAACCGUGUUAAGAUGUGUAUGGAGACAGGCAGAACAGUAAUUUUGCUCAAUCUUGAAAACCUGUAUGAAAGCCUCUACGACGCCUUGAAUCAGUAUUACGUCUCUUUUGGAGGAGAGAAAUAUGUCGAUCUUGGGCUAGGGAAUAACCGAGUCAAAUGCCGCGUUCACCGAAAUUUCAGGCUUAUUGUCAUUGCUGAAAAGGACGUGGUUUACAACAAGUUUCCCAUCCCUCUGAUCAACCGCUUGGAGAAACACUUCCUUGUUAUGUCAUCUGGCCUCACCAAGCUUCAGGAGGAACUGACCAGGGAAUUGGAAGAUUGGGUUGAGGAUUUUGCGUCUAUAUUGCAUCGGACCCACGAGAAACAGAGAACAUUCACUAAAGGAGAUGCUUUUAUUGGUUACCACGGGGACACUGUCCCGGCCGUAGUUUUGCAAGUUUGUGCUGAGCUUCAUUACGACGGAACCUCCCCGACAGAUCAAGAUAAGGAGUCUUGGAUGGAAGAAGUGCUUUGCAUAUGUAAGGAGCGUUUGCUGCAGUGUGCGACUCCCGACUCUGUUACUCGUCUCCGUUUCUCACGUCUUAGCCAAGACGCAAACGAAUUAUGGACGACGUACUUCCGUAAGCAAGAACACUCGAGCCUGGCCAGCUUUUUAGAAAAAGAAGUCGGGCCUACUAACUUUGGUGCUGAUGGAAUGUCUAAAGCGUCAUUUCGUGCCCAAAUUUCGACACACUCUCGUCUUCUGACAGACCGCGACAUUCCUGCAAUUGCCAAUGCUGUUAACGUGCAUCCAAGUUCAGUAAAGUGUGUCUCACUGCAGAAGUUCCAAACUGAACAGCAAUUCUGCAACAGUAUAGGGAGAGACUUCUGGGCCAAGCUCGGAGGAAGGAAGAGCCUGUUAAUAGUUCAAUGCGAUUCCACUGACCAAAACGUGAAUUUAGUAGCAUGCUCUCGUCAUUUGCUCAUAGAAGAGUUUCGGGAAAUGGAGAAAGAAUUGGGGGAAGUGGACAAAGAUUCGGAGGAGGAUUUUACAAGUUGCAGUCACGUCCUAAUGAUUGUGCAGCUGCCUAGAGUAGCAGGGGGCUAUAGAGAGUUCGUUGGUGUGCAAGGUGAAGAAUGGUUGUCUGUCCACAUCGACGAGUUAUGCCCUCCAAGUGAGGAAAUACCACCGAUUGAAGCACUUCUAGACCGUUCAGUUAGUGAAAUUUUCGAGGGUGCCCUUAACGAUACAGAGAAGACAGAAAAUCAUCUGACUAUCCGCCAAGUUCUAACAAGUUGCGUGCAGAUGGCGGCCAGCAAGAUUGAGGAUGAUGAAUCGACGCUUAAAAGAGCAACCAAAAGGAUUGAAUUGCUGCUUUACCUACUUUCGUGUGGAACGAGCACUGGGAAUAAGGAUGACAACCGUUUUGAGGUGGUGGUCGCAAAACGACUAUGUGAACUACUAAAAGUAAGAGACCAGCGAGCACCAAAAGAGGGAAAGGAGUGGCUCGAGGACGAGGCUAAAUCGUGCACUGUGAAGGAAACUGGAACAUUCAAAAAAGCACUUUGGCGCCGUUUCCAGUCUGUUGUGGCUCCUAUUCUGGCUGAAGUCAUCGCAUAUAUCGAUCGAGACGAAAACCUUGAACUCGCUGCCAGUGAACACCCUUGGGUAUCACGUCUCUGGUUGAACAUGCUUGAAAACGACUCCUUCACUGAUCUCAAUUAUGGAAUGUUUAUGUCUCGAGAGGAAGAUGUGGAGAGAGUCCGGAGUAGAGUUCCAGUUUUAAAAUCAGGUUAUCGAUCGCAUGUCUUUCCAUGCAAGUUUCCAUUUUCUUGGCUCCUCAAAAGGCACAUAGAUGAGAUGUAUCGAGAGGCCAGAAGUAUUGCAGAAAAUUCUCACGAAACCCUCAUUGAAUGCUUGCGGAGGUUGUUGGACGCUUCAAGCGUGAGGCAGAUUGUUUCCGAGGCCAUCUCAGAAGGCGGCGAAAACUCAGUGGCUCGUUAUUUGCAUGACUUUACUCAGAUGGUGUACAAACCUCAAGAUGACGCCGAGACUGAGAUUGUUCAAAGAGCGAUUACAGCCGCUGCAAAAGAGUUUCAUAUCCCGAAACGUUCACCAGAUGAUAGGUUUGCCAUGGAUUUUGCACUGGUUCAUGUGGCACAUUCUCGUAUUCAGCAGCGACUCAACUGCUUAUCCCAGUUUCUUCGAGCCAAGCCUGACCUUGCAGAGAACCUUGCAAACAGUUUUUCAUGGGAUGAAAACGAAAUGACUGUUGACGCUAUUGCUCUACAAAUGUGCUUGGAGCGUAUGGAACCCCAUGCAGAGGAACUAAAGACCACCUCACAAAGACAGGCCUGGUGUGACUCAGUUUUGUCUGUGAAAAUCCCAGUGGAAGAAAUGAUCGGCAAGAGGAAAACCGAAGACAAGACACGCUUUGGAGAAAAGACUGAGUCCAUGCUGAGACAGUGCAGAUCCAUGUGGCAACGCCUUAGUGCCGUCAGACUACUUAUCGAGCACGUGUAUCCAUCCCAAGAUUCAACAGAUUCUAGAGAUUUGCGGAACAUUUUGAAACUUUGGAAGGCCCUUGGUGAAGAAACAGAUUUUACAAAGGCAGAUUCCCUCAACAUUAUUGAGCGUUUUUUAUUAAACUGCACGGAGGAUUCACUUCCGGUACUUCAAGAAAAUGAAGACCUUGAAAUACAGGCCAAAUUUAUCCACCGUUGCAACACAUUCUUCAUGGAGAUUGUGUCACUGUUUUGCUUUGGAGAUGGCGUGCGUAAGUUGGAUCCAGACGUAUUUGAAAUGCUCAUGAGAUAUGUAACAGGAGCACAUUUUGCUGGUGCAACGAGAGAAUUUUCACCCUUUCCUGAAUUUGGAGGAGACAGCAUUCCGGUUGUGAGAUCCUUCCUCUUGCAACAGCUUAUCAAUUCAAGUGAUGAAGAAGCCAAGAAACACCUACAUCGCUUCCUCUUUGAGGCUCAAGGCCUUUCUUCAGAAGUGCUUCAUAUCCUGAAUGUUUGUCUACUUGCUGUGCAGUGUAUGGAGAACUCCUCCGCCAGUGCGUUAGCUAUGUUUGCUAACCUCGAUCUUCCACUGCAAAUUGGUAGCGUUAACAAGAUUUGUCAAGAUGCACUAAGCAUCUUACAGGAAGACUUCACAAGUUUUGAUGAAAUGCAGGUGGAUUCUUUGGAAGCGGUAGCUAAAGCGCGCUGUAGUUUAGGAAUGGCGGCCCACUACCUGUACAUGAGCUGUGUUAACGAGGACGAAAAGUGGCUCCAAAUGGAAACGCAAACUGCAAUGGAAUUCUUAUUCGACACUGUUAAGGCACUUUGCUCAUUGGCUCAGACAGGUUCCAAAUCUCCGGCUCUCUUUCUACUUAAACAGCUGGUUAAACGUUACGGAGGACAUGCCAUUGUUACUUUGUCUCAAAAGCCAGAACUUUCGUGGAUCGUUCCCGUCGAAUUCAGAGGAAACGAGGACGCUGAGAUGAAUUUGGAUCGGUUUCUCGUGUAUGGAGAGUUAUAUCAAGAAUUAAGAGACUCGAUAGCCAGAGCGAUGUUAAGCAAUGACACAGAUGAACUAGUGGCGUCACUAGAGAGGUUAGGCGAAGUCCCGAUUCAGCACGCUAAGGAUAUCGUUCUACUCCUGGCUUUGUAUCGAGAGAUAACAGUGCCAAAAGGAAUAUGGGCCCAAAACGUACAGUUUCAGCCUGGGAAAUGUGCUGCGAUAACAGAUGUUAUCCUGACAAGGAUCAGAUUUCUUUCUCUCACUGCGCGACACUUGGUCACGGGUCUUUUGAGGAAUCCUCAGGACUUAGGAUUUCCAUUACCCACCGUCCAUGAGACCUGUAGUGAAGCAGAGAAGGCUUUGCCCGAUAUCUUGUUUCACGUGACUUCUGUACUUCGAUGUAUAGACUUUGAUGAAUUACUGAACCCUCUGAGGGAGAUUUUCCUCGCUCCACGUCAAAUGCUGGACUCUUUUCUUCCAACAAUGCCAGAAGACAGUUUUCAAGAGACUGUUUCUGCCAUGACGGAGGGAGGCAAAUGGUAUCAAUGUCCAAAUGGUCAUCGUUACUAUAUUGGUGACUGCGGAAGACCAGACCAGGAGAGUCUAUGCCCUACUUGCGAGUCGCCAAUUGGGGGCCUUAAACAUGAACUGGUUGCUAACAACAGGGAGGCAUGCAGGAUCGACCGUUCCAACAAAGGGCACAUUUUGGGAGCACCCAAACGUUUUACAGUCAAUGAAAGGGAUCUUUCUCCUGCUAUGGUAAGCCUUCUAAGGAUCAUUCUCCACUCAGCCAUGUUAACCGGAGCCCAAGAACAUCCUGAGGCCAUUUGUCAGCUUAUAAGUGAGCCAGACGUCGAGCCAGAAAAUGUCACUGGCUUUCUCUGGGACCAUCUUGUCAAUGAUGUGGAGAAUGUAUCGACCAGCCUGGAAAGAAACGUCGAUGAAGUGUUGCUGAUAGUUCAUCACCUUUUAGCUGCGAUUGUGGACCGUUCAACUAAUAGGGAAACCAAUGGUGCUGAAAAGUGGUCAACCAAAGUAGAGAGAAGACAAUGGGAGAACCUGUUUUCAGCUGUAUUUGCAAGACCUCUCUUCACGAACCUAGACGAACAGCUCCAAAAGUUCUAUACUCUGUCUGUAAACGACAGAAGACUAGGGAACGAUCCACUCAUGCGAGAGAUUUACGAGGUGGACGACCUUUCGCUUCCACGCACAGCAGCAGACAUCCAUCCUGGACACGCGGCCUUUUGGAAAUAUAGAACACGUUUGACUGUUGAACACGUGAUUCGUCAGUUUGAAGACAUCAAGUCAAACAUGGCCUCAUGUAAAGUCCUAGGAAAGUUCCUGGUAGAGGAACACAGACUUCGAGCAGUUCGUCACCUGCCGGACAUACUGGCUUUGCUGAGAAUGCUAACUGACCGCUUUCAUCGACGAAUCGACAGAGAAAAUUCCAAUCAGCUCAAGAUACGGGAGGUUUUGCAAAAGUUGCCUAAAGACCAGAAGGAAACCUUCAAAAAGCUAUUCCAAAGUUUUUGCACGGCUUGGGAUCAGGUUCGCCACCAGCUGAAUUCACAAGGUCGUUUCACGCCUUCUCAAGAACAAUGCUCCAAGCCAAUUGAAAUGACAUCCACCGUGUCAGUGUUACUCCCGACAGAGAUUGGCUCAGGAGUUUGUUGCAAAGCUUUGCUGUUCUACUUGGUCAAUGCAAAUAAUGAUAUGGUUGAAGCAUAUCAUGGUGCUGUUGGCUCUGACGAAAGCACGCGUACCACCGCUGAGAUUCCUCUUUCGGAGGUUUCGGUGUCGCAAUUGGUAGCAUAUGAUUCUGAAAAGGACUUGCUACCUGUGAUGCUAGCCAACUGCUCCUACUCACUAGAGGUGGGAAAGGAAACAUCAUCGCAGUACAACUGGGAAGCCCUCCAGAAGCAGAUAAUUGAUAGGUUCAUACGGGGAAGGCCAACAGUGGAAUUUCAGCUGGAUGAUUUCGUGUUUCAUGAAGAUGACCGCGACGUGUCCUUCGACAGGUUGAGGGACAAAAUUCCACAGGAGCCAAUUGAAAGUCGUAUCCGUACCCAGAUUCUCUCGGAAUUGAAGGACCUUGGGAACAUAAGUGAUUUGCUCUCAACCCUGGAAAUGGCAAUUGGUUUCCUGUCUACAGCAGGUGGAGAUCCAGAGAGAAAAAUCUUUGAUUAUCUCAAGAAUGUUCUUCAUCUCAGUGAUGGAAAGUCGAACUUAAAGAGUAAAAAGGCUCAACAGUCUUGCUGUCUGGGUCACAUUUUGGAUCUGUGGUCCACACUGGCCGUGGCGCGAGCAAAAUUCUUGUUUAGGAAUGAACAGGAUCCAUUUGAGAAGAUACCAGAAAUUUAUAAACAACAGAUGCCGCGAUUUGCAGUCACACACUUCAGUGCAACAUUGAAAAAAAUGAAUGUUGAUUUGUUUUUGAGUAGAGUUGUCGAGGUUAUCACUUUAGUGCUGGCUCAUGAAGAAGACACAAGAAGUAAAUUGAGCCUCAGUGAGUACUUAUCAAUGGUUUUUGACGAUAGCUCCGACCUGGAAGAGAUUCCUAAUGAAGUAUGUGUAAUGCACGUGGUUCAUGCGUUCAAGCUCGCGGUAGAAGUGCGUGAGAAAGAUCAAGGAAGCAGAAGGUCCAUGUUGUCCUAGGGCGUUAAUUAUAUAAUAUGGGGAGUUCGAGAACCUUUCAAACUGUCGUUCAUUGGCCAGCUGAACUUCCAGCAAUUACGUUUCCAUGCCUUAUUAUACUUUCAAGUACUUUCCAAACUAUUUCCCAUGAUUUAUAUUCUUUUCAUAAAUUUUUCAUUUGACAUUCUGCAUGAGCUCAAAUAUACUUCUGAGAUAAGACACUUUCCAGAUUAGAAUAUAAGAAAAAUCAAUUUACAUAUUAACAGAAAAAUUAUGAGCAUGAAAGGAUAACAUGUCGUUAUAAAAUAAGGUCGUAAACUAAAGGCAGCUCAUAAAUAAAACUUUUUGCCAUUUUAAAUAGCACGAUAAUGCACAUGAAUUUACCAAAAAGUUUGGCUAGUAAUAGUUAGCGAUGACUUCUGCCUCGUACACAUCAACGAUGCCUCAGGAUCACGUUAGAUGAUUACAUGAUACCACAGAUAGUGCAACCCAAGAAAUAUCUAAGAAUAGUACCUUUACAAAUAAAUUUUAAGGCUUUAAACGUUCAUAACGUUUUUUUCUUUAAAGAAUUCUUCUCCUGACGUUUUUUUUUUACUGAGUCAUAUCGCAAUAGCCACUGACUUUAAAACACGUCUGCCUCUAUCUGUGAAAGGUAGAAAAAAAUGGAAAACAGCAGUUAUGGAAAGAAAAUAUUUUACGAAACUCAGAGAUA